UUUUGUUGUGAUUUGUCCAAAAUCUCUCUCUCUCUAUUCUAUCUUAUUAACUUUCAGUCCCUUCUUUUUCUCCUAUAUAUUAUAAGGGUUUGUCUAAACAGUCAUCUACUUCCCCAUAACCAUUUUUCAAAAUGACUGAUCCUUACUCCAUCAACAAUAAUAAUGGCUCUUUUGGUAAUUUAUACCCUCUUCACCACUACUUUUCUUCUUCUUCUUCUUCUUCUUCAAAUUCUUACUCUCCUUAUCAUGAUCAUCUCUUCUCUCUUUCUUACUCCAAUGAUAAUAAUAAUAACAAUAACAAUACUACCCUAGAAAACAACAUGACAUCUCCCUUAUUUUCUCCUCAUCAUUCUUCUUCCUCUCCCCAAGUUCUUCUUCCCCUUUUAAGCUUAAGCCCUGCAAGAGUAGUACAAGAUCAUGACAGUGAAGAUUUGAUGAAGAACUUGUGCAAGCUUCCAGCUGCUGCUAAUUGUGAAGAUGAUCAUGUUGAUCAUGAUGUUUACAAUGAUGAUCAAAAUGUUACUGUUGCUUUGCAUUUAGGGCUUCCAACUCCUUCUUCUUCUUCUUCUAAUUCUGAUUUGAUUUUGAGACUUUCUUCAACUGAGAUAUCAGAUCAAGAAGAUCAUCAUCAAUUACAAGAACUUCCUAAUAAUUAUUCCUCGUUAUCUAAUAAUUCUAUUAUUACUACUACUACUACUGGACUUAAUAAGGGUCAAUAUUGGAUUCCAACUCCUGCUCAGAUUCUUAUUGGUCCAACUCAGUUCUCUUGCCCUCUUUGCUUUAAAACCUUCAACAGAUACAACAACAUGCAGAUGCAUAUGUGGGGGCAUGGGAGUCAAUAUAGAAAAGGGCCACAAUCACUAAGAGGAACACAACCAACAGCAAUGCUGAGGCUGCCAUGUUAUUGCUGUGCAGCUGGGUGCAGAAACAACAUAGACCAUCCAAGAUCAAAGCCAUUAAAAGACUUCAGAACUCUUCAAACACAUUACAAAAGAAAGCAUGGAAUGAAGCCAUUUACAUGUAGAAAAUGUGGGAAAGCUUUUGCUGUAAGAGGAGAUUGGAGAACUCAUGAGAAGAAUUGUGGGAAGCUUUGGCAUUGCACUUGUGGCUCUGAUUUUAAGCAUAAAAGAUCUCUUAAAGAUCAUAUCAAAGCCUUUGGACAUGGCCAUGCAGCUUAUGGGAUUGAUGAUCACUCUUUUGAUGAAGAUGAUGAGCCAGCUUCUGAGAUUGAAACAUGAUUAUCAUAUAUAUAUUAUUAUUAAUAAUAAUUACGGACCAUUUUAUUGAUAUAUUAUCCCAAAUGUUUUUGGAUUAAUUUUUGCUUCCAUAAUUCUGAUCAUCAUUAAUUGUAGCUUUUUGUA